AUGAGGCUUUUGGAACUGCUGGAGGAGGAGCCACGGGUACUUUGCCUGGGACAUUUGCGGAUGCUCGUUUUAGACGAAGCAGAUCGGAUGCUCAGUGAGGGUUUCGAGCCGCAGGUGCGGAAGAUCUUGAGGGAGGCGCGGCCGACGCCUCAGCGGCAGACCUUGCUCUUCUCGGCCACGUGGCCAGCAGCGGUGCAACACUUCGCCGAGGAAGUGCUGACGGACCCCGUGGAGGUGCGCAUCGGCGGCCGGGGCGCCUUCAGCGCGAAUCCCAACGUCACCCAGGAUGUGAUGAUUUUGCGGGACGACUACGAAAAGCCUGCAGCCCUGGCAGCCCUCUUGCGAGGGAAGAAGCGCCCCUUGCGCGCCAUGGUUUUCAUUGCCACCAAACGAUCCUGUCAACAGCUGGAGCGCGGCCUUCGAGGCCGCUUGCCAUUCGCCGUGGACGCGCUCCACGGCGACCGCAGCCAGAGGGACCGGGAAGCCGCUCUGCAGCGCUUCCGCUCAGGCGCCACGCAGGUGCUCUUGGCCACGGACGUUGCUGGACGGGGCAUUGACGUGAAGGAGGUCAACUUGGUGGUGAACUACGACAUGCCCCGCUCGGCCGAGGAUUAUGUCCACCGUAUCGGCCGGACCGGGAGGAAUGCUCACGGUUGGGCUGUCUCGAUCUUGACCGACAACGAACAAGAUUCCAUGUCGUUGAUUGCCAAGGUGAUCAAAGAUUCAGGUGGUCGCAUGCCCCCAGAGCUUGCCAAGCGAUUGCUGCCUGCACCAGCGCCCUUCGUGGAUCCUGAGGGUGCUCGGGUGGAUCCGCGGAUGCACUGGCUGGAGCCGUGGCAAGGCUUGGAGGGCAACAAGUACGGAAAAGAGGACUUGAAAUCAGCUGUCGAGAGCCUCUGGUCAUGA